AAUGACCAACGCACAAGAGCGUAUGUAGUAAGACUACAUUUGGAUUCGUGAUUAAUCCACUGGAGAUGCUGAUGUGAAGAUGCGUACAUUCGGACAACACUAUCUCUAUUAUCAUGCUCCAAAUAAGAGAGAAAGAUUGGAAAUGAUUUGGAGAUCCAUGGGAAAAGCAUAUGAUUGGGAAAUGGAGAAAUUUAGAGUGAGUCAAUCAUUUAUAUAUUCUCUUAGAUGCAAAAGAAGUUUAUUGAUAGAGGCAACAAGAGGAGAUUCUUCAAGAAUUUCUUCCGAUUUAUCAAAAAUCCAUUUGGUUACAUCUAUUGGAAGACAUAUCGUAUUAGAUAACCAAAAGGACGUAUCAUCACAACAAUGCUUGGCUUAGGUGUUAUUGGUACUCUCUAUAAAUACAAAAUGGAAUCAAGUAAUCUAAGCAUAAUAAUAAUUAGAUUAAAUCUAAAAAAGAGAGUAUUAUCUCUUGACUGCUGGUAAAAACUCUGAAGGAAGUGGUCUUAUUAAUACAGGAUAUAAUAAUGAUAAGUAAUGAUUGCUUUUGAUUUUAGAUUGGCUCNUUACAGCUUGAUGAAGAUGAGUAAUAACAUAUGCCAAUGUUUCGUCAAAAUACGAGCAAGAGUAGACAUCUUAACAAGGGAACUCUCUCAAAAUCUAAAAUACAGAAUAUUGCUUAAUUGUAAGAGAUGUUUAAACAAUUCAAACAUUUUAAAUGCUCACUUCAAACAUAGACUCCAGCAAUUCUAAUGAUGAAAUCAAGUCAGAUCUCUAAGAAACCUUAAUCCUAAUCAAAGAGCACAUUAGAUGCAAAAGAGGUUUCAUUUGAAGACAAAUAGAAAGUAAUGAUUUAAGCCCGUAAAACAAUGUUUCGAAUUGUGAUGGAUAAUAAGUUGCGGAGUUAAUCAAUCAAGGAUUAUGGAUUUAAUUUGAGACCUUUGUUCAACCAAGUUAUAGAAAAAAAUGAUAGUGUUUUAGAAUAGAAGAGUAAUUAUUGUAUAACUAGCUAGUUCAGGAACAAAGGUAAGAAAAGAGGAAGUCUGACCUAUUUUCACGCAGUCCAUUCUCGAAUGCUUACUAUGCGACCAAGGCUCUUUCUAAAAGAUCUCGUAUGAAUGUAUACGAACGUCUUGCACAAAAUCUGCCUGCUGAUUCACGAUUCCACUACGAAUGAUA